AUGGAAAAAUCACCUCUCAAGAGUUCUUCGUUUGAAUUUCCGAUAGGUGUAAUAAGAAUUCCAGUUUCAUUGUCAGGUCUCACGGAAGUUGAUGCUAAUGGUCUGCCACGAUUACCUGUUUCAGUUGCAUGCUAUGCAAGGUUCCGUCGGUUACUACACAUCAAACAUCAUAACCUAUGUCGAUAUCUCGAUGUUGUCAGAGAGAAGGGAGAAAUACUAUCAAUUGUCUGUGAGUACUACAGCACAAGCUUUUCCAACUUCAGUAGUCCCGUCACUGACGCAAAUUGGUUAUCAAAACGAUUUAACGAAUGUCUAUCUGCCUUAUGUUUUAUGAAUGACAAUGGUUUGGUACACUGUUGUUUGACUCCUGAUAUGAUUAUGCUUGAUUUUGAUGGACAUGUAAAAAUUGGAGGCUAUGGAAUUUAUUAUGCUACAGAUUGGGGUAAUACAAUUGAUUUUACUUUACCCAGUCCUAUGUACGCUGCUCCUGAGGUAUUUUUGUUAUUAUGCAAUCAGGCUAAUGAUUUAUGUCAACCAAAACGUUCAACGAAAUAUAGUAAAUGCUGGGUAAAGAUAGAAGCAGAUGUAUGGUCUUUAGGUGUCAUAUUUUUUGAGUUAAUCUUUGGUAAAGGAUUCACAAAUCCGUUACGUAAACUUCAAAAUGAAAAUGUGAAAAAAAGUGAGAUAAUAUCCUUGUUGCUAAAAGGUCUUUGUCACGCAAAUAAAUAUCCAACAUUACCUGAAUUUCUACAGCUUCAUCUGAAUAGUAUAUCGACUGAAGUAGACAUCUUGGUUCAGCUUAUUCAGUGUUGUUUGAGGUUCGAUGCAAUAACACGACCAAAUCCCAAAUAUCUUAUAAAGGAGAUGAAUAAAUUAUUGCAGACUAAUUGCUACAUGUCUUCCAAUACAAACGGUGAUGAAUAUUCAAAACCCUGGUGUAGAAAGAUAUACGAUCAUUCUAGGAAAUGUGAAUUUCAUCCUCAAUUAUUCAGUUUGGAGGAUAACAAGAAUAAUAUUUCAAAAGCUUAUAAUUUUAUUAAGAGUAUUGAUAAUUUAUCCGAACUUUAUUACUAUUGGAUGUUGACUGGUGGUAAAAUUCAUUCCACAUUAAAUGGUCAUACAGAUACAAAAAGUAUUCGUGAUAAUUAUCAUAACAGGGGUUGUAAAGAAGAAUCAAUAAUAAAAAAAGAAACAUUAAGUGAUACGAGUUUUGAGUGUUUAUUACCUCCAAUCUUCAGGAUUCCACAUUAUCUUGCCAUAGUUCAAUCGGAUACUUCACGUACAAUGUCUUUAGAAGAACAAUGGCCUCCAGGUGAAAUGCCACAACCACGUACAUUUCAGUUCAGAAUUACCCCACUUCCCAGUGAAUAUUUUAUUGAACGUAUAUCACAUACACCUCUUCAAAAUUUACAUCCUUUAUUAAUUUGUCAAGAUCUACUAAUUAGUUCCAUAGGAAAUUCAAGUGUUUGUUCUGCAUUAUAUUCAGUAAUUAAUGAUAAUAAUACUACUACCACUACUAUUGAAAAUUUGUCUAACACUUCAAGAUUAAAUGAAUAUUCACGUACAAUUUCUAAUUCACCCUUAUUUGGAUUAACUCAAAAACGUUCAGAUUUUUUAGAUUUACUAUACAAACAUGAUAUAACUUGUACUGUUGGCAUUAAUUGGAGUAUGCCAUUUACAAAUAAUCAAUAUGAAUCGAUUGGUAAUACUAUAUCACAACAACCAUUAUCAGUUAGAGAAACUGAUGUAGAUUAUCAAAUUUAUCGUACACGUUUGUUUACACGCAUACUCAAUGGACUACCUGCCACUAAACAAUAUCUCCGUCUAGAAGCACGUAAAGAUAUACCACCAUUCUUACGUUGCAAGGUUUGGGCUGCUUUACUUGAUGUUUAUCCUAAUCGUGAUUUCGAAUCAGCUUACCUAAAAACAUUACAUAAAAUCAACAAACUUGGCUUGGAUGUAACACCUACCAAUGAAUUAAAUAACAAUGGACAGUAUAGUACUGACAAUAAUAAUAAUAAUAAUAAUGAUCAUAAUAAUGACUCCACUACUAAUAGUAGUAGUAGUAGUAAUAAUAAUAAUAAUAAUUCUAACGCUUUCAAUUGUGAUCUCUUAGAUGAAAAAGUCAUCAAUCAAAUAUCAGUUGAUUUACCACGUUGUCAUGCUUACGAUCCAUUGUUAGCAUCAUCAAUUGGACAAUCUGUACUUCGUCGUGUUCUACUAGCAACUUUAUUAAUGAAACCUGGUGCAUUGGAUUAUACUCAGGGUAUGGAUUCUGUAGCUGCUGUAUUUGUACGUAUAUGUUAUCCAGAUGAAGCAUUAGCUGCCGCUUGCUUAGAUGCCUUUUUGUCAACAAAACUACCAGGAUUUUUCUCCUCUGGUGGUCUUACUGUUGGUUUAAAAUCAUAUUUCAAUACACUUCUGCGAUUGUUAGCAUUUCAUGUGCCUCGAUUAGCUGUUCGGUUGGUUGAUAUUAAUGUACCUUUGAUUGGAUUGACUACUGGUUGGAUUUAUACUUUAUUUGCUCAUGCUAUGCCAUUAGAUCGUAUAGAAUUAUUAUGGGAUACUAUAAUUCCUGGUCCAGCUUCAUUGUCAAUGUUUUUCUACAUUGCAUUUUUCAUUCAAUUAGACAAACAAAUUAAUUUUGAGUCGUUAGGAUUAGAAAAGAUUUGUACAAUUUUGUCAAAUUUUCCUGAUAUUAACUUGGAUAAAUGUAGAACAGAUGCUUUGAAAUUAGCAUUGGCUACUCCUCGAAGUUUAACAGCUUGGUCAAUUCCUAAUAGACAGUAUUUAUAUCAGAAAACAACAUUAGGAAAUGAAGAAUUAGCAGUUGAACAUUUGAAUUCAAAAAGAAAAGAAUUAUCAACUUGUGAUUUUUAUGAACGUUUAACAUUACAGAAUGCUUGGCCAGAUCAUUUAGAAUACGAUUUUACAGACUUAUUAGAAUACUCUGAUGUAAAUUUUUCAUCAAAUGUUUGCGAAGAAUUAAACAUAUCUACAAAUGCUUUCAAAUUAGUCCCGCUACUUAGUGUUAAAGAUGCUGUGGAGCAUAUAAAACGUCCCGAUUGUUUAGUUUUAGAUGUACGUAAUAUCAAAGAAUUUAAUAAAAAUCAUUUUCCUAACAGUAUUCACUGUGAAACUUCCAUGCUGGCAAUGCUAGAUUCUUUAUCAGUAGGAGUCGAAGAAAGCCAUAUGUCUUUAAAUACCACUGACUCUUACAACAAUUUAUCCUUAGAGAACUGGGAAAUGAUUGAUUAUCCAAGCGGUAAUCGUCACCAACCACAAAUUAUACCAGAGUUUUUGGCUUUUCUUAUAAAUCAAAAACUGUGGCAUCAGGCAACACAAGCUAGGCUGUCAUCAAGUAAUAAAUCAAGUCAAGGAGUAACUAAAGAGUCAACUAACAUCCUGAUAUCAUCUCCUGGCCUCUUGAUUGUAUUUGGAAACGAAGAGCGUCUAUGUUGGCAUUUAGCGUUUUGGCUCAUAAAAUGUAAUAUUGAUCGUGUUUGUAUACUCUUCAGCAGUAGCAACAGUAUAUCAAACUUUUUAAACUCAUGUUCUCAAUGA